AUGGAUCAACUUUAUAAAAAACUUGGAACUGGACGUGGAUUCUGGAAGCCUGGUAGAAACGUCAGCUGGGCUAUAACAGCAAUUUGUGAGGUUAGUUUCAUUCUUUUUGGUAGUGAACAGGGCAUUAUUGGGAAUCUUGUUACAGGUGACAACUUUCUAGAAACAUUUGGACAUCCUACUGGUAGUUAUUUGGGGAUUAUAGUUUCAAUUUUCACUUUAGGCUGUUUUUUUGGUUGUGUAAUGAACUAUUAUAUUGGUGAUAUGUUAGGUCGUCGUUUAAUACUUAUACUUGCUAUGGUGCUUGUGAUUAUUGGUGUUGCCUUACAAGCAUGCGCAUAUUCUGUUGUACAUUUGAUGAUUGCAAGGUUCAUUUGUGGUUUAGGGACAGAGUUAUCAAGACCUGAAGUGAGAGGUAAUCUGGUUUGCUCAGAGCCUUUGUUUGUUGGUAUCGGCUUAGUAUAUGCAUAUUGGUUGACCUAUGGACUAUCAUUUGCAUCGGGCUCAAUAGCUUGGAGGCUCCCACUCGCUUCACAAAUUGUUUUUGCCUUAUUUGUUUUGAUCUUUAUCUUCACAGUUCCAGAAUCUCCCAGAUAUUUGUAUAUGAAAGGUGAUAAAGAAGAAGCAAAACAAACUCUAUGUUAUGUAUUUGGUAAAGAUAGUGAUGACCCGGAGAUUAUUAGAUUGUAUCAAGAAAUUGAAGAAGCAAUGGAGCUUGAAACAUUGGAAGGGGAAUAUACUUGGAAAAAACUAUUCAAAUCUGACACGGCUAAAACUCGUCAUAGAAUUAUUUUGUCCUAUAUGUCAAUGUUUGCCCAACAAAUGGGUGUAUUAAUUGAAAAUGUUGGUCUAGAAAGAAAUUUGGCAAUGAUUUUGGCUGGUUGUUCUGUUAUUUGCUUCACUAUUGGCAGUUUGGUUCCAAGUUUCUUUGCUGAUUCUUUAGGAAGAAGAAAGCCUUUGGUAUGGGGUCAUGCAGGAGGUUCAUUUUCCAUGUUGAUGAUUGCAAUUUUAUUGAUUUUUCAAAAUAACGAAAGCAUUUCUAAACAAACUGGUGCUGCUGCUGUUGGUUUCUUUUUCGUUUUUCAACUAGUAUUUGGUGCUUCUUCAAAUUGUAUACCAUGGGUAUUAGUUCCUGAAUUACUACCAUUACAUGCAAGAUCAAAGGGUACUGCCAUUGGUAUUUCUGCAAACUGGUUAUGGAAUUUCUUCGUUGUGGAAAUAACACCUGAAAUCAUUACAAAUAUUAAAUGGAGAUCAUACUUGAUAUUUGCUGCAACUAAUUUUGCAUUUUCAAUAAUGUUUUACUUAUUUUAUCCAGAGACACAAAGACUCACAUUAGAAGCUAUUGAUCGUGUAUUUGUUCAAAAGAAUAGACUAUUUAUGGGAUUUGUUGAUACUAAAGAGUUCAUGUACUAUGAACCAGAACUUCCAUUAUCACCUAGAGUUUCUUUCACCUCUAAACAGGAAGCCCACUAUAUUGAACAUGUUGAAUCAUCAAGCAUUUCAGGGGAAGCUUCGGAUCAGCAUGUGAAGUCAAGCACAAGAAAAUCAAAUGUAUAA